AUGAGUAUAUUAUUAAACGAAGUGCGUGUGACGCGUGUGGUGUGUUCUUGUCCCACUGUCCCAGUCCCACACGGCCGUCGGCCACACGUAGAGAUAUCGUCCAAUUCGGCAUUCGUCGACUGUCGGCGGCGCACGGUGACGAUGAUGACGACGGCCUUGCGCCUCCGCCAUGUUGCCCCUCCGCACAAUCGCGCGUGCGCAGGACAAUCGAGAACUCAAACACCACAAACUAAUAAUUUAUCACCGGUCUCAUUGUUUAAUCAAACAACUGCAAACUCUUCUCCUUCUAACACAAGUACUCUUCCAUUACAGAAAAAAAAUGAUGGCAUAAGAAAAAUUCAAAAUGAUAUAAAAUCAAGAGGACCACCUCCACAACCACCACCACUCAAUCAAAAACCAACUAUUCCUUCGAGUACUUCUGAACCUGUUUCAAUUAUACCUCCCGGUGUUGGUCACAACCUGACAGGCAGUGUCCCUAGUCUUGUGUCUGAUAAUGUGGCAGGCAGAGGUCCUCCUCCAGGUGGAUACGGAAAACCAAAUGUAGCCCCAAAACCUCCAUCCAUCAGGCCAGCCGUGCCUACAAAGAAGUCAACUUUGACAGUUAGUUCAACAAAUUUAGUAGCUGCAGCUGAUGGGCGAAAUCUUGUUUCUAGAGCACAAAGUAUGAGGAUACCAAAAACACCUCCAGUUGCUCCAAAUAGUCAACCACCUCAAUUCAAUAACAUGACCAUCAGUAGUAAAAAUCAAUUACCUUCUUUCCAUCAAUCACAAGACAGUAUUUUGAGGAGUUCUCCAAACCCUCCACCAAAUGGCCAGUGGGGAUCACGGACGUUACGACCCAUUAAACAUCCAAAUACUAGGCCACCACCUCCACCCAUCAAGGCGCCUUUGAAUCCACCUGUGUGUGCUCCUCCGCCACCACCACCACCACAUCGGAGUGGGCCUCCUCCACCACCACCAAAUGUACCCCCUCAUAAAAGCUACCAAAAUAACAAUGUAAUUAAUGGAGCUCCCCCAACACCUCCAACACGUCAUUCUUCUAUGCGAAAUGGACCGACUUCUGUUUUAAGCAUGUCUCUUUUGGAGGAAAUGGAAAUGAAAUUUUCUACCAUGUUCAAGCCAAUGGUUAGGAUUCCAUCGCCUCCAAUUUUCCAAAGAGUUGAUAAAAUUUAUAAUAGCAGACUAGUCGUUGCAAAACACCAAGCUCCUAAGCCACCAGGCUAUUGA